AAAUAAAAGGGCAAGACAAAGAGGAGGAGACUCUUUGGCUGACUUUGGCGAUCUCUGGCUGGAGAAAGAAGUGCCACACUAGACCUACACACACUACGAUGUCACUGUAGGACAUUUACGAGAAAUUAUGAUUAAUCCUUGAAAAGGAAGAAAGGAAGCCAUGUCAUUCUUUGGCUUAGACUGUAUAAGGAAGAAAGAAAAAGAGGUGGAGAGGAAAAUCAGAGCAAAUGACAGAGAAUAUAACUCAUCUUUCAAAUAUGCUACCAAUUCCAUCAAGACCUCCAAAUACAACCCCUUCACUUUUCUGCCUCUCAACUUGUUUGAGCAGUUCCAGAGGAUCGCUAAUGCCUACUUCCUCUUCUUGCUCAUCCUACAGGUUAUUCCUGCUAUUUCUUCUCUGUCCUGGUUCACCACUGUCGUCCCUCUAGUCUUAGUAUUAACAGUGACUGCAGCCAAAGAUGCCAUUGAUGAUAUUAAUCGCCACAGAAGUGACAGGCAGGUGAAUAACCGUAAAGUGAAUGUGCUCAUCAAUGGAAAACUGAUAAGCGAGAAAUGGAUGAAUGUGCAAGUGGGAGACAUCAUAAAGUUGGAGAACAACCAGUUUGUCACAGCAGAUUUGCUCCUGUUGUCCAGCAGUGAACCUCUCAACUUAGUGUACAUUGAAACUGCGGAGCUGGAUGGAGAAACCAACCUGAAGGUUAAACAGGCUCUGACUGUAACGGGAGACAUGGGAGACUAUUUAGAGGCUUUGGCUGCAUUCAAUGGGGAGGUGUGCUGUGAGCCUCCUAACAACCGUCUGGAUCGCUUUAUGGGCACGCUGACAUUCGGCACACAGAAAUACUCUCUGGACAACGAGCGAGUCCUGCUUAGGGGCUGCACACUCAGAAACACAGACUGGUGUUUUGGCCUGGUGUUGUUUGCAGGCCCAGAGACUAAAUUGAUGCAGAACUGUGGGAAAAGCACCUUUAAGAGGACAAGUAUCGAUCGACUCAUGAAUGUACUGGUGCUCUUUAUUUUUGGGCUUCUGGCUCUGAUGUGUAUUAUUCUGGCUGUGGGGAAUGGGAUUUGGGAAAACCAUGCAGGGUCAAAGUUCAAUGCCUUUCUUCCACGGGAAGAGAACACUGCGUUUUCAGCGUUCCUCACUUUCUGGUCUUACAUUAUAAUCCUCAACACUGUGGUGCCCAUCUCAUUAUAUGUCAGUAUGGAAGUAAUUCGGUUAGGCAACAGUUACUACAUCAACUGGGACAGGAACAUGUAUCAUGCACGAACUGACACGCCAGCUGAGGCUCGAACCACAACGCUCAAUGAAGAGCUCGGUCAGAUCAAAUACAUCUUCUCAGACAAAACCGGCACGCUCACCCAGAACAUCAUGACCUUCAACAAAUGCUCCAUUAAUGGGAAAUCUUAUGGAGAUGUUAUUGACCACUAUAGUGGACAGAGGCUGGAGAUCACAGAGGAAAUGACACCAGUGGAUUUCUCCUUUAACCGGCUUGCGGACCCAAAAUUCUUCUUUUAUGAUCAUACUCUGGUAGAGGCUAUAAAGCUGGGGCUUCCAGACGUUCAUGCUUUCUUCAGAUUACUCGCUCUCUGUCACACUGUCAUGGCAGAAGAGAAAAAGGAGGGUGAUCUGGUGUACCAGGCCCAGUCUCCUGAUGAGGGCGCUCUGGUCACGGCCGCCCGUAAUUUCGGGUUUGUGUUCCGCUCACGCAGCCCUGAGACAGUGACAAUAGAGGAGAUGGGGAUUCAGAGGAGCUAUGAGCUGCUAGCCAUCCUGGAUUUUAACAAUGUGCGAAAAAGGAUGUCUGUAAUCGUUCGUAAUCCAGAGGGCAAGCUCUCCCUGUACUGUAAAGGAGCAGACACCAUCAUAUAUGAGAGACUACAUCCCUCCUGCAGCGAACUGAUGAAGGUCACCACUGAGCACCUCAAUGAGUUUGCUGGUGAGGGGUUGAGAACUCUUGUUCUAGCAUAUAAGGAUUUGGAUGAGGAAUAUUUUUCAGAGUGGAAACAGCGUCACCAUGAGUCCAGUGUGGCGCUGGAGGACCGGGAGGAGAAUCUAGAGAAACUAUAUGAGGAGAUAGAGAGAGACAUGAUGUUAAUCGGAGCCACUGCAAUAGAGGAUAAACUUCAGGAUGGAGUCUCUCAAACCAUUGAACAGCUGACCAAAGCCGAAAUCAAAAUCUGGGUGCUCACUGGUGACAAGCAAGAGACCGCUGAGAACAUUGGCUACUCGUGUAACCUGCUGAGGGAGGAGAUGAACGACGUGUUUUUUAUUGCAGCUAACUCACCCGAGGAGGUCAGACAGGAGCUGAGAUGCCUGUCUAAAGAUGCGUCCUGCUACUGAACAAGACAAAUUCCUUAUUCCUGAGAUUAUCCUGGGUGAUACUCCUAAAGUGGUUCAGGAUGAAAACGUAAAUGGAGACUACG